AUGGAACGCUUGGGCACUUGCCGGUUUGACCCUCUUUCUGAGGUGGCACUACCGUCCGGUAUUGUGAUGUGGACGCCUCAUCAAUACUACGACGGUGCUGGUUGGGUUGCGUUACCAGAACGCGAGAAGUUAAUCAUGCGGCCGACGCGAUGGGCAGACGCUCGCCUCCGUUUUCUAGACCCCGUAGACGAGCUCCCUGACGUCUUUAAAACCGUUCAGUCCGGCGCUUUCGACGUAAAGUGCUGGAGCAGAGGCGACUGCCAACUGGGUAUCGAAGGAGACAAGACGGUUUUUAUUAAGGCGCCCUUCGCGAACGACGUGGCUGUGUACGUGCAUCCGGAUCGCCUUCCAGCGUUUCCCAAGUCGUGGAAACCUCUCGUUUUUCUCCUCAACGAAUCGGUCGGGACGUUUCGUCUGACGGAGAACCUGUGUCUCGUCCUGACUGUGCAGCAGGACAAGACUAUGAGCAUCAGCUGCGUGGACUACAAUGGGGGAUUUGCGUGCGCACACCCCAAGACCAAUGUCGCCGCCGCGUACGGCUCCUACGUCGUGAAGGGCUUUGAGAAGCUUCCGCAGUGUGAAGUGAUUCCCAAGAUGGUAACCUCUUCUGGAGACUGGGGGUUCUUCGUCCAAUUCUACGAGUGGGGUUUCCUCUUCAUCCCAAAGAGUGUCGAGCUCAUCCGGCCCCAGUCUGUGUUAGGCGCUGUCGGUGUGGGCAGGAGGGUGGAGACUGUUGGCUUGAUCUUCCACCCUCCGAACAUGUUCAUUCACGUGAAAUUGGAUAUCCCGCCCAAGACCACGCGCAAUAUAGAGUUCGGGAAGCACUUUCAGAUAACGGCGAAGAAAACCAGCGAGACGGACAUCGAGGUAUACCUCGUGCUUGACAACCAGCUGGCCAAAUACAGCUACUCCUUCGACAUCCGCGUCAACAAGCCAGAAAAACCCAAGCACACAGACCACAUUCACUUCAAGUGCAACGUGGAACCGGACGAAAAGAAGAAAACUGACCCGAAGUACAAACUCACUGCCAGCAAGGACUCUGCUGUUCUUAUGGGACAAGGCUGCCCGUCCGGCUCCCCCAGUGAACAACUCGUCAACGAGCAAGUCAUUGCGUACUACGACGCCGAAAUCUGCAUGUACUACACUCAUCCACCCGCCCUGAAGCUCAGCAAGGCGUUCGCCGACGUUGCCAUUUGCGAGUGA